AUGGCUGAUUCUAGCCCUUCAACGCCGCCUAGGCGCCGUCGACUCACGCGGGAUCAACGACGAGACAUCCUCCUCAUGCGGCGACUAGGCUAUACAUAUCAAUAUAUCGCAGAGUUCCUAAAAAUCUCACAACGCGCCGUUCAAUAUACCUGUCAAAGUGGCCAGGCCAGUCCACAACAUCGCAACGCCGGAAGACGCCCUCGUCCGUCAAAGGAAGGAACAGACAGCCGUAAAGAGUAA